GUUCACAAACCAGUCCGCAAAGAUGAUGAGACAGACCUUCCAACCCCUCUUUCGACUGCCCCGCGCUGCGUUUUCUUCCUCCUCUUCCUCAUUUUCAAUUUCAUCUCCCUGCUUCCGGCCUUCAAUCUCCCCAAGGGUCUCAGCCAUUCCUUCAUCACAAAUAAUCCAACCAUCUAUUCGAUUCUUUUCAGCAAGCUCUGCCAACAUGACGAACCGCGGACAGACGAUCAAGGCCUUCCUCGACAUGGAGUGGGAAGGUCCCGUCCUAGACCAAGACCUGAACCCUACUCCUACCGUGAAGCCUCAGAGCGGUCGUAUUGAGCUGAUCCUCUGGAAGGAGCUGGUCCCCAAGACGGUCGAGAACUUCCGCGCUCUCUGCACUGGCGAGAAGGGAUUCGGCUACAAGGGAUCCUCUUUCCACCGUGUCAUCCCCGAAUUCAUGCUUCAGGGCGGUGACUUCACCCGUGGCAACGGAACGGGUGGCAAGUCCAUCUACGGAGAGAAGUUUGCCGAUGAGAGACUUGAUCUUCAACACGAAGACCAGUACACCCUGUCCAUGGCUAACGCCGGCCCCAACACCAACGGCUCUCAGUUCUUCAUCACCACCAUCAAGACCUCAUGGCUGAACGGCCGCCACGUCCCCUUCGGCACCGUCGACUUAAAUGGCGACUCCGUAAGGGUUGUCAAGUCUAUUGAGGCUACGGGUUCCCAGAGCGGUGCUAUCAAAUAUAGCAAGCGACCUACCAUCGUCAACGCUGGCGAGCUAUAGGAAGACGCUACGGACUUCGUUAUAGUGUAGUAACAUUUCUACUCAAUAUGUAAGGCCGUGCUAGAUCGCCUCCCCGAGCAUCGGUAUAGGCUGUGCAAAAAAAAAGGAUCGGACAAAAAGACUUUAGUGGUUAGUUGAGAAUCAACUUAACUAGCAGGUCUACGCGCUAGGUACCUAGGUAGUUGCCAAUGACAUUUGCCUCGCUUUUUAA